AUGAGUAGCGAUUUCUUUCCUACGGUUAAUAGCCAAGACAAAGAUUGGCCAUCCGAUAGUGAUUGGGGUGAAAACUGGAGUGGUUGGGGAACUCGUGGAGGUGGUCAUGGUUACCAAUUUGGACCUCGCGGUGAUGAUAAUGAAGGUGGGCACCGUGGUGCUCCAGGCGACCGUAGUCAAGGUCACUCUCUUGACCUUGGAAGCUAUCGUGGAUCUUUGCGCUAUGGUGUAUAUGAUGAUCCGUUCGGUCGUGCCUCAAGCCGUGGAUACCAAGGCCAACCACUUGGAGCAGGUGGCAGGAGUGAUAGAUGUGAUAUUCGGUAUUUGUUUCCAUCUGUAACACCCAUUGGGGCUGUAGAAACGGCCACAGCAACACUUGUUCCUUCUGAACUUCCACCGGAAAAAUUCAGUUUUUCAGUGUUGAGUUCAAUAGCGCCUCCUAAGGACGAACCUAAAGGUGGAUCGGGAAAAAGGGGAAAAGACAAGCGCAAAAGUCGUAAACCCCAAGGUGCAUCCGGAAGUCAGUCGGCUGGGCACCAAACCAGGUUCCUCUACACGCUGAAACCUUUAGAUAAUAAUAAAUUCCCUAAUGACAGUCCCAUUACACUGGCCUUACCGGAGACUGAGGGAGACAAUGUGAAACUUAGAUAUAUAAUCAAAUAUGUCGGAACCAUAUCGGCUCAGUCUAUAUUAGAUUACCUGGCAAAGGGCCCAGCAAGAACAAAUCAACUUCCCCAAGAUGCCAUCAAUAUGCUCGACAAUUUAUUGAGGUGGAUAAAUAAAGAACACUAUACUCUGAUCAAAACUGGGUUGUUUAAAGAGAGUGAGCAGAAAAGCGAUAUGGUUAUUUUCAAGGGUUUCUCAGCAAGUGUUCGUCCACAAUGGAAACUUAGGAUCAACGUGGAUCUGAACUUCAAGGCCUUUUUCCCCUCUGGUAAUCUCGCCGAUGUAAUAUAUAAUAUGAAAGGGAAUGAUAUGUACGAUAAUAAGUAUUGGAAUGAAAUUAGCGAACGAAUAAAACACCUCGUUGUAAGAGCAGACCAUUACGUGAAUUCCGGUUAG